ACAGUUAUGGGUUUAAGUAAAGUCACACAGGAGACUCAGCACACAAUUCAGAGUUUGACAGAAGUCAUCAGGAAGAGUCACAGUUAGCAACGUUAGCGGUGCAGUGUUAGACUAGAUGCCCACUUCUUCUCACAUGGUUUCACAGUACUGGAGCUGGAGCAACAGGAAUAACAUCCUGGCAAAUCCCAACCUUACACCAUGGUUGUCUCAAAGUCACAAGAUGAGCAAGUGGCCCCCAGUGGCUCGAUGGGCAGAGGCACCAGCAAAAAUUACAGAACCAUCCCAUCCUUACACUCUGGAAGUCCACAAGAUUUCAGCACCAGUGGGAAUGUUUCACCUCUCAACGCCAGUCUCAAUUAUGAGCCAGAUGAGUACACUGAGUCAGACUUUCUGCUCCCAAAUAAACUCUACGGUAGCUCUAGAUUCAGUGGGUCCAUGAGAGCAAGUGAAACAGAUGGCUCCGGUGCACCUGCUGAGACAGUCUGCUCCAUGGUACUUCAGAUCCUGGUGCCAUUUCUCUUGGCCGGGAUUGGGACAGUUUCUGCUGGGAUGCUACUAGAUGUGGUUCAGAACUGGGAUGUGUUCCAGGAAAUCACAGAGAUCCUCAUCCUGGUCCCUGCAGUGUUAGGCAUGAAGGGGAACCUGGAAAUGACUCUGGCCUCUAGACUCUCGACUGCUGUGAAUGCAGGAAAAAUGGAGCCUGCCAGGGAAAUGUGGAUGCUGAUCGUUGGGAACCUGGCGUUAAAGCAGCUGCAAGCCACAGUGCUUGGCCUAUUAGCCUCUCUGCUAGCGACUCUGUUGGGCUGGAUGGCAGAAGGAACGAUGCCCCUUCAUCACGUAAUGCUCUUGUGUUCAACCAGCGUUUCUACUGCCUUUGUAGCUUCAUUGCUGCAAGGUAUUAUUAUGGUGGGAGUGAUAAUUGGCUCCAAACGGAUGGGAAUCAACCCUGACAACGUGGCUACACCCAUGGCAGCCAGCUUUGGGGACCUCAUCACUCUCGCCUUGCUGGCCUGCUUCAGUCAGUGGUUCUACUCCUUCUUAGAUUUGUAUCCCUAUGUGUUGUACCUGGUGGAUCUGUUAUUUUUGUGCCUGAUUCCUCUUUGGGUGGUCAUCGCCUCCAAACAUCCAGCCAGUCACAUCCUGCUCCGCAUGGGCUGGGAACCAAUCAUUACAGCAAUGGUGAUCAGCAGCAUUGGGGGACUUAUUCUGGACAAGACUGUGUCAGAUCCAAACCUGGCAGGAAUCCUAGUUUAUGCUCCAGUCAUAAAUGGUAUUGGAGGAAACCUCGUCUCAAUACAGUCUAGUCGUAUUUCUACCAAUUUGCAUUUGAAUUACUCAGCUGGAGAGGUUCCUGAAGACCGUAGGAGGUGCUACAGCCCUUGCCGCAUUUUCUUUGGUUCAGGAGCAAACCAUCGAUCUGCUCAGGUCCUGCUUCUUUUGGUCAUCCCUGGUCAGCUCGUCUUCCUAUACGCUAUUCACCUGAUUAAAGGAGGCAACACUUUGCCCAGUCCUCUCUUGACAGUCGCCUUCUUGUCUGCUUCCCUAAUUCAGGUCUUCAUCCUGCUGUGUACAGCUGACUAUAUGGUGCACUGUUUAUGGCGGAGGGGUAAAGACCCCGACAGUUACUCAAUACCCUACCUCACAGCCCUCGGAGACCUGCUAGGGACUGCACUCCUCUCUCUUGCCUUUUUCAUGCUGUGGUGCGUUGGUGACUCAGGCAGUGUAUAGGUUCAAAGCAGCAAAAGGUUUGCGGAAGAACAAAUACAACAAAAAAUCUCUUUAAAAUUAUAAUACAAGUACAAAGUAACUGAAUAUUUUUCAUCGAAGACAGUCAUCCAUUUAUCUUUCACGCUUGUUUCACCUUUGUCAUCAUUAUCCAACUAACAGUGGCACAUUUCUCAGAUGUUUAUUAUGCUAAUUAAAACUUUAAAGCUAGGGUUGGCAACUUGGAGUAGCUAGAUUUUAAAAGUAUCCAAGUAUUAAAUGUGUCAGAGCAUUUGAUUUAUUGACGACUGUCGGGAUGCACAGAGAAUUCAACAAAUAUAACAAAAAUGCUUCUGGAAUAAAUUGCCUACCCUUGUUUUAAUGGUUUUAACCAGACCUUGUGUGUUAUGUCUGAGAAGAUUCUUAGUCAUCCGGGUCAUAGUUAUCCAAGAAGGGUUCAAAUUAAGGGCAAAUAGACUUGGUUGAAGAUACUUGAUGAUGUACCUGUGGGUUUUGUUCCUUGGCUGGGUUUCCCUCAACGAUAGACCAGAGACAAGUCUGUAUCUUUAGAUUUUUCAAUAAUUUAUUUAUAUAAGAAAAAGGUAAAAAUAUGAAAAUGACAAUUAAUACAGAUUACAUUAAUUUAUAGAAGUUAAUAGAAAAUUAAUUGCAAUUGAGAUCACUUUAGCCUCCUCAAAGGAAUCUCCUACCAAUAUCCUAAAGAUUACUCAAAACCCUCAAAUUCACUCAGAUUAGCCUUCUAAAAUCAUUGGACAUUAAACUUUACAUCAUCCUGAUAUUAAAUCAUUCAAUGAUUAAAUCCUAAUUCUUAGAGAGAUUACUAACCCCAAUUUUGCUGGAGGCUCAUCAUUCCCCCUCUCUGGAAUCAAGUCUAACGGCCACUCCUUGUUAACUCAAAUAUAAACCCCCCAAAUUACAGCCACGUAUGCAACAUGGUGGAUUUCUAACUGCGUCAUCUCCUAAGUACUUUUCCUUCAAUUCUUUGAGUUCACAAACACAAGUAUCACCUCAUUUUCAUUGUGCAAUAUCCUUUUGGAUCAAAUUCUGGGGACCCUCCCCAGUUUCCUGCAGCCUCUAAGCUGUUUGCCUACAGUAACCUUAUAAAUUUGAUAGAAACACAGAUGAAGAAAACAUAUUACAUUCAAUUCAAAUACACACCUUAACAUGAACAUAUUGCUAUAUAAUUCUAAUAGUGAGUACAUCUGAACCUUAAAUUCCCAGUUCCAAACAGUUCUUGAUCAUAUACUUGAGGAAAGCUUUAACUGAGGCCACCUCCUUGUGAACAUGUGGGUUCACGGGUCCAGCUUUACAUUCUGUGUUGCAUGUCUAUAUGACUUUUACAUUAGUUUAGAUAACCUUAGUGAUUACAAUCUCCCCAACUCCUCCUUUAGUCUGUCUCUCUCCCAUGUGCAGAGUGUUCCUGAAAGUUCUUUGGCAAAGCAAAAGGAAUUUGUAUCUAAUGGAUCCUUAUCUCGCGUUAUCUCCCGUCUUUGUUUACUCAAAAGUGCUCCAAUAAGUACUUUCCACAGCUGAUUCUCCUUACAGCUCGUGAUUUUGUUGGCAACAACAACCAAAUGAAAAUAUGUUUUUGACAGUGACAAUUAAGUAUGUGAGCUGUGUCGUCAACAUUUUAUCAAACUAAUCAUUCCUUUAAACUUGUGACUGUUUACAAUUGUUUUUCUGCACAUAGUCCAUAAUUUAUUACUACACGCCUCUUAUCCAAGAGGCUUCUUCACUUCUUACUGACUGGCAGGGAGUCCCAGGUAUUUGACAGUUGUCCAGUUGUCCUUGAAUUUAAACUUCCUUGGAUGCAAGAAAGUAAUGUUUGUGAGCUUAUGACCAAAUAAUUUGAGUCCCCGAUAUCACCAGUGAAACUAAUGCAGAAUGUGUUGCUUGAGCUUUCACUUGCAAAAAAAUAUUUUAACAAAUACUAGGAAGUUUUAAGUUGGUCCCCAACUGAGGGUUUCUUUUUAAAAAUGGCAAGCUGUUAUUCAUAAAAAAUUUUUUACAUUGAUUUUAGUGAGUGAGUGCAUUCAGUUGUGUAAUAAACCUGUUCUCAUUAUGCCGUAUAUAUCCAUGUAACCUGCUGUAGCUUUUGUGGUUGAAAAUAUUGUAUAUAAAUGACAUGAGAAUUGUCUUUGUUCUUGCUUUGAAUGGUUUUACUGUUGUCCUUUAAUUGUUUACAUUUUGGGAAAUAAUUUCAACCAGUAAUAAGGCCAAGAUUUCCCAUAUUAAUACAGGUACCUACACUCUCCUGAAAGAUUAUUAUUUAGAAUUAUAUUCUAUUGUAUAAUUAUUAAAAAUGAUUUAUACAAUUUGAGAAAGUU